AUGGAAAGGGGUCAGCGGAAGGGAACACCAUCGCUCAUGAAAUCCGAUACUGAUAAGGAGAUCAGGAAGAGUGACAAGCAAGAACAACAGUGUGCUGAAUGUGAGGGUUUUGGACAUUACAAGUCUGAGUGUCCAAACAACAAACGUAAGAGUUCUCUGCAGUGCUAUGGGUGCAAGGGUUAUGGUCACACCAAGUUUGAUUGUCCUUCACGUGAGAACAAGCAGAAGUCUUACAUUACUUGGAGUGAAAGUGACUCAGAUGAAGAAGUCAACAAAGGAGAGGUUCUGAACAGCUUCCUUGCACUGCUGGGUGUCAUUGAGGAAGACGAAGAAGAUGAUGUGGCCAUCUCAAGCAUCGACAUGGAAGCUUGGUUUGCGGUGGAAGAUGGUUGGUCACAUCCGACAGAAAAGAAUGAGGAAGGAGAAAUGGUUCCUAAACACAGGAAAAAAUGGACAGUCAAGGAAAAAGCAGAGUCCAAACAUAACUCACAGGCACUGUCAGUUAUCUUCAAGUCUCUGCCUAGGGCUAUCUUCAAUCAAGUUCAAGGAUGUGAAGCCGCCAAGGAAGCAUGGGAUAUUCUGGUAGUCAUGUUUGAGGGUACAAGUAGGGUCAAACGUACAAGGCUGGACAAUCUUGCAUCAGAUUUUGAAAACUUGCACAUGACUGAAACUGAGUCAGUCGCUGAUUACAGUAGUCGGUUGAGUGGUAUUGCACAAGAAGCUGUAGUCUUGGGUAAACGGUAUAAGGACAAGAAGCUGGUGAAAAAAUUCCUCAGAAGUCUGCCUAACAAGUUUCAUCCACACAGGUCUGCUACAGAUGUGUCGCUGAAUUCUGAUGAGCUCAAGUAUAAUCAAGAAGUUGCAGAUGAAGAAAAAGUGGGCUUGUUGGUUAAGAAGUACUUUCGCAAGAUGGAAAGGGGUCAGCGGAAGGGAACACCAUCGCUCAUGAAAUCCGAUACUGAUAAGGAGAUCAGGAAGAGUGACAAGCAAGAACAACAGUGUGCUGAAUGUGAGGGUUUUGGACAUUACAAGUCUGAGUGUCCAAACAACAAACGUAAGAGUUCUCUGCAGUGCUAUGGGUGCAAGGGUUAUGGUCACACCAAGUUUGAUUGUCCUUCACGUGAGAACAAGCAGAAGUCUUACAUUACUUGGAGUGAAAGUGACUCAGAUGAAGAAGUCAACAAAGGAGAGGUUCUGAACAGCUUCCUUGCACUGCUGGGUGUCAUUGAGGAAGACGAAGAAGAUGAUGUGGUGUUGGAAACCAAAGACUUAGAUGAGAAGGUGCAAUCUGAUUCAGAUGGAGAGGAGGCUGAUUUGUCGGUAGAAGAUCAGAUAGAGCUUCUCAUCAAGACAGUGGUACAGAAGACUCAAGACAACACCCAGUUAACUUCUGAAAGAGAUAUCUUGCAACUACACAUUGCAAUGAUCACUAAAGAACUAAGUGAAGAGAAGGCCAAGACUCUGCGUCUUGAGAAGCAGUUAGAAGAACAGAUGAAGAAUAUCAGAAUGCUGAAUAAGGGAACUAAAGAUCUGGAUACUCUGCUUAGCGCUGGAAGAUCUAGCAAUCUGAAGCGGGGUCUGGGUUAUCAAGGAACAAACACCAACACGACCACUCAGUUUGUCAAAGGGAUGGGGUCUAAGCCCAAGCUGAACGAGAAGAAAUUCUCUACAACGACUAGAUUAUAUGAUCAGUGUUCUGUGAAUCAGAAUCCAAGAAUCCCAAGGAUGAGGGUGCAUCCUGAGUUGGACACUAGACCGCCAUAUGCCUCAAGUGGGUUUCAGCAGACAGCUCAAAGACCUGUUAGGCUUAGUAGAAGAAGAGGAUGUUGCCUGGUGCAACGUGGUGAGUUUUAUCCAGCUGUGAGAAGGAACACACAGGGAUAUGUCAGGAAAGAUGAUCUUUACUGUCAGGUGGCAUUCACAGCGGAAAAAACAAAGGUUGAUCAGGCCAAGUGGUACUUUGACAGUGGAUGCUCCAGGCAUAUGACUGGUGCCCUUGACAAUCUAUCCUAUCUAGAAGAUGUUGCUGGAGGAAGAGUUACUUUUGGUGAUGGAGGAAAGGGAACUAUCCGAGGAAAAGGUACAACUAGUGGUGAUUCUCAACCACAUCUUAGGGAUGUUUUCUUGGUCGAAGGGUUGAAGGCAAACCUGAUAAGCAUUAGCCAGUUGUGUGAUGAAGGCCUGGAUGUCACAUUCACCAAGAAGGGGUGCAAGGCUGUUGAUCAACAAGGAUCAGUGCGACUCAGAGGCAGGAGAUCUGGUAAUAACUGUUACAUGUGGAAGUCAUCAAUGCAGUGUUUUAACACGACUACUGAGUUGGACACAGAGCUGUGGCAUCAGAAACUUGGUCAUCUUAAUAUUCGCACAAUGAUGAAAUUGGCAAAUCAAGAGGUUGUGCGUGGAAUUCCUAAGCUGAAAGGUGAUCCACAUUUCACAUGUGGUCCUUGCAACAAGGGCAAGCAAGUCAAGGCGUCUCAUGGGCCAGUGGCAGACAUUCGAACUAGUCAUGCACUUCAGCUGGUUCAUAUGGAUCUGAUGGGUCCAAUACAAGUCCAAAGCAUUUCUGGGCGAAGGUUCAUCUUUGUCAUGAUUAAGAGUGAAAAAUGUUCCGUCCAAGCUAUUCGGAGUGAUCAUGGAGGAGAGUUUCAGAAUGACAAGUUUGAUCAAUUAUGCGGGCAUCAGGGCAUUGUUCAUCAGUACUCUGCUCCAAGAACUCCAGAGCAGAAUGGUGUUGUCGAACGAAAGAACUGA